UGGUCUGCUGCUGCUGUCGGGUGCGGUGACUCGUCGCACUGCUGCUCGUCCUUGUGUUCGUGGCUCUAGGUGUAAUAAUGGUAGAGGUGAGAGGCCACCCGAUCAGGAACUACGAUGGCGGCAAGAGGAGGCGGGGCGGUGGGGUCCGAUCCGGGAUUGGAUGCGUGAUCUAUCCGUGCCUGACCUUCGUCGUGGUCUGCAGUUUUAGCGUACUCCUGCGGCGGCAAUGGCAGUUCGCUCCAAGAGACACCCCACCUGUUCCCGAGGAAACUGCGUCACCGUCGGCCCCUGUGGUAGCGUUUGCGAUCUCGGUCACCAGCUUGGAGCUACCCACCGCAUCCACGAUGCUCGACUCUGCGGAGGUACUCAUCCAAUCGAUCCGAGCGGCCUGCAAGUUGUCCCGCUACCGCUGCGAAGCCUUGGCGUUUACCUUGCCAUCCGUCAGUCAGGAGGGGCGGCAGCACUUGGAAGGCAUGGGAUGGAGGGUUGUGGAGAAGGACUUGCCGGUGGCCGUGGAGGACAUCGAGAACGAGACAUACCGAAAACACGUCGUAAAGAGCGGGUGCUGUGGGGCCAACGAGUUCAUCAAGCUGCACGCGUACACGCUCACGCAGUACCACCGCGUCAUGCACGUGGACGCGGACACGCUCAUGUUGCACCCCAUGGACGAGCUGAUGGCAAGACCCCGCGACUAUGUACACGUUGUUUGGUUUCGGCAGGGGGACUGGAAGGUGGGGCCGGGAUGGCGCCGCAGCCACAUCGGCUACUUUUACGGGGGCGCUACGAUUCAGGGAUUGCUGGCGUACUAUUACAACAUCAUCGCUCCGGGAAAUGCGACGGAGGUGGACAGGGUAGGGAGCAGGAGGGCUCCUGCCCUCUCCUGCGGGAAGCGUGGCGGGAGGGUCGAAGACGUGUCUUGGAAGCCAAGGGCUUGCCUCUCACGGAGGCUUGCGUGAAGGGAUCGUACAAGUCGAUUCCCCGACAUUAGUGCAAGUAAUAGUACAUGUGUUGGUUGAUGUGGAUGUUGGCUGUCGCAGGACUGCGGUAGAUGUUGGUGAAUGGCAAGGUUAGAUGUCGUUAAUAAACUUUAAAAGUUUUUUCGUCAGCCCCUAUUUAAGAGGCUUGUUUUUGUGGUGGUAGGAGACGGAGUGGUUUCAGCGUAGUUCUUCCUCCCGUUGUGUGCUGUUGGCCCCUUGCCCAUCUUUAACCGCCCCGUCAAAGACCCCGAACACUGCUGUUGCAUCGUUACAUGUGGCAUCCGGCGGGGGGUUGCGUUGUGCGCUACAGAG